UUGCACGCAAACUCACUAUAGAACAUACUUAGCUACUCACGAGCUCACAAGUCCUUCCAUAGUCUCGAAGUCAAUCUCGUUUCGAGGUUUUAGCACUUAGAUCGACUGCAAAUUAGACGGAGAUAUGGACCGUGUGAUGAACCUAGCAUCUGAGCGUGCUGUUGUGGUCUUCACCUUGAGUUCUGAUUGCUUGUGCCACACAGUGGAGCGCCUGUUUAGUGACCAGCUCGGUGUCAAUGUGUUGGUGCAUGAAUUGGACCAAGACCCCAAAGGCAAGGAGAUGGAGCGAGCGCUCCUCAACGUGCUUGGGAGAGGACCCUCCGUGCCCGUAGUGUUCAUCGGCGGAAAACUUAUUGGUGGGACUAACAAGGUCAUGUCUCUACACCUGGGUGGUGAGCUAGUCCCCAUGCUCAAGAAUGCCGGUGCUCUCUGGCUAUAGACAGGAACUCACUACGUACCAUAAAGAAAAUGAUAUAUAUAUAUGGUCAACAAAGAGUAUAUGUGGAGUAAAAGUUUCUUAGAAUAACCUAACCGGCCUAGGAUGCGUCAAUGAAGGCUUUGUCAAUCCUUUUUGCCUUGAGGAUUACGAGGUAUGAACUCACUAUAAUUUAGAGAUCAAGACUGAUGU